AAAAGUUCAAAACUCUCACAUCUUCCCUUAUAAAAAAAACUCUCACAUUUAUCCAUUUACAGAGAGAGAUGGUGAAUAUAGUGAGUUGCUACAUAUCCAUGCUACACAAAACAAUGAAAUUAGCAGGUAUGCAACCCAAAGAAAUAGAAAUAAAGCCAGGAACAAUUAUCCAUUUCUGGGUAAACAAAACCAAUAUUAACACACGUAAAAAAACCAAGAAAAAACCACCUAUUGUUCUUAUCCAUGGUUUUGCAGGUAAUGGCAUAUUAUCAUGGCAAUUCCAAGUUUUUUCCCUAAGAAAAAAGUACUCCCUCUAUAUCCCUGACCUCCUUUUUUUUGGUAACUCCUACACAAACGAAUCAAAUCGAAGUACAAGAUUCCAAGCAGAUUGUUUUGCAUUAGGGUUAAGAAAGUUGGGUGUUGAAGAGAAGUGUAUGGUGAUUGGGUUCAGUUAUGGUGGUUUCGUCGGUUUCGAGAUGGCGGAACACCACCCAGAAUUGGUGGAUUCAUUGGUGGUUUGUAGCUCAACUUUGGCCUUGUCUGAAUCUAUUAGUAGUAAAGCUUUGGAGAGGAUAGGGUUUUGUAGUUGGAAGGAUUAUUUGAUGCCGAAUUCUGUUGAAGGCGUUAAGGUUUUUCUUCGUAUUGGGUCUUAUCGCUUGCCUUGGUUGCCUAAUUUCUUCUAUAAACAUUGUCUUGAGAUCAUGUUUAGCAAUAGGAAGGAGAGAGUUGAGCUAUUAGAGGCUCUUGUGGUCAAAGAUGAAGAUGUCACCAGCCAUCAAUUUCACCAGAGGAUACAUCUACUAUGGGGUAAUGAAGACAAAAUUUUCACCUUGGAAGUGGCAAACAGCUUGAAUGAGUAUGAUCCCUCUAUCUAGCUAGUACUUUUCAUCCAUAUAUAUACAUUCAUUUUACGGGUAAUAUUUUUAA